UGAACUCCACCUCCCACAAUCCUCGGUACCGAGUAGGAAGUUGACGUGUUUUCGCUACGUGUCAGGAAGUUGUCUGUAGUCAACAUGGCGGCGCAGCAGGGUGAUGUUGAUGAACUCUUCGAUGUGAAAAACGCUUAUUACAUUGGCAGUUAUCAACAAUGCAUAAACGAGGCUCAGAAGGUGAAGCCUUCGUCACCAGAGAAGGAGACUGAAAGGGACAUUUUUCUGUACAGAGCAUACAUUGCCCAGAGGAAGUAUGCGGUUGUCCUGGAUGACAUUAAAGCCAGUUCUCCACCUGAGCUUCAAGCUGUCAGGAUGUUUGCCGAGUAUCUUUCCAGUGAAAGCAAAAGGGAUGCUAUUGUCGCCGAUCUUGACAAGAAGAUGGCUAAGAGUGUGGAUGCAGCCAACACCACCUUCCUCCUCAUGGCUGCCUCCAUCUACUACCAUGAGAUCAACACUGAUGCUGCUCUCAGGACUCUGCACCAAGGAGAAAGCCUGGAGUGCAUGGCCAUGACCAUUCAGGUGUUGCUGAGUCUGGAUCGUGUUGAUCUGGCAAGGAAAGAGCUGAAGAAGAUGCAGGAGCAGGAUGAGGAUGCUACUCUGACCCAGCUGGCCACAGCCUGGGUUAAUAUUGCUGUGGGUGGAGAGAAGCUGCAGGAUGCCUACUACAUUUUCCAGGAGAUGUCAGACAAGUACUCAUCUACACUGCUGCUUCUCAACGGGCAGGCGGCCUGUUACAUGGCUCAGAAUAAAUGGGAGGAGGCUGAGGGAGUGCUACAGGAGGCACUUGACAAGGACAGCGGCCACCCUGAGACGUUAAUCAACCUUGUAGUGCUGACUCAGCACCUGGGCAAAGCUCCAGAGGUAACCAAUCGGUACCUGUCUCAGCUGAAAGAUGCACACAGAGCCCACCCAUGCCUGAAGGACUAUUUAGCCAAGGAGAAUGAGUUUGACAGACAAGCGUUGCAGUACGCUCCCACUGCUACAGUAUAAGACAUCUGCUUUUGCUGAGAUGCCUCAACAAUGGACUUAAGUUGCAACACUCUGUCUCUCUCACACACACACCUGUAUUUCUUUGAUAUUUUUACUUGUAAGAAAAAAUGUGCUUAAAGGAAACUUUGGCCGUAUUAUUUAAACCAGACCAGAGGUCAUCAUUUUCCUUGGGGAUAGAUGAAACAUGUCUGCCUUGGUAUCCAUUCUUUAUAAAUUUGCAUUUCUCUCACGGAAAUCAACACAGCUGUUUAAUGUAAGCAUUCCUUUGAAAUGAUAAUAAAUGUUUAAUUAAUGUGA